GCUGAGAGCAGAGGUCGCGUUGCCGGUUCGCGUAUCUGAUCGCCGACUCCGCGUGUUUAGAAAUAAAGUAAAAAAUUCCCGCGUUAUUUAAGUGAAUAAGUUUUUUUAAACCGAUCCGAAUAUUUUAAACUCGAUCGAAAUAUAGUUUAGUUUUUUGUUGUGAUUUUUUGUGUUUUGCGUAAAAAUGCCGCUCGUCGCGUGAAGAAAUAAGGACUAAGGAUUAGGCUUUUUUACGGUCACACAACCAGCAGCUCCAGUUGAAAUGCAGGCACGACGGAAUCUUCUUUGGAAUCUCCUAAUAGAUCUUCCUAUUUUGUUACUAGUGGCAGCAGUAUGCAUACUUCUGGAGGUGGGGGCACUGCCGAGCCGGCAAAGUGGUUUCCGAUGCAACGAUCCAGAUCUCUCGUUCCCUCACACAGGAGAUACAUUGUCCAUCUCGCUCGUUGCAGCUGUGACCGUCAUAGUGCCUUUUGUUAUUAUGUGGGCUGUUGAAGCUGCAUUACACAGAGACGAUGAGUACACGUUUAAAAAGAGCAAGCUGUAUGAGAGUGCGCAAAUGGCGGCUCUAAUGUACCGCGACUAUAUAUACGGGGCAAUAGUGAAUUUGACUAUUAUGGAAAUAGUGAAGUGCGUUGUGGGCUCACCGAGGCCCACCUUCUUCGAUCUGUGUGAGCCGGAUAAGGCCAGUACUUGUAAUGACUCGGAGUACGUGACGAGUUACACCUGCACAUCGACGAGGUACUCCAGGUACCUGCAGAUAGAUGCCAGCAGAAGCUUCCCUUCAGCCCACACGUCCCUCGCCGUGUACUGCGGGCUAUUUUUAGCGUGGUAUCUCCAGCGGCGAGCAUUCAGCUGGCAUAACCGAUCUGUCCUGAUAGUUCCUCUAGUUCAGAUCCUAUGCAUCAUUUACGCGGUUAUCUGCCCUCUUACGAGGAUCACCGACCGAAGACACCAUUGGUGGGACGUGCUUGCUGGUGCUGUUAUGGGUUUCUGCAGUGUUUUGUAUACUGUGCUUGUGCUAUGCAAGAACUUCUCCCAACCGGCUGUGGUGAGUACCAGCGACAUAUCGAGCAGUGACGGUAACAACCACCAAGCUGUCCGCCGGCUUCUGUCCCACGAGCCUAGAGUGGUAGUGCCGUAACCAGAGGCUGUGUAAAGCCGGUGGGCUUUUGACUAUGGAACUUUGUGUAUGUGUGCAUAAUGUGUGUUUUGAGAAAUAGCCUAUAACGUAAAUACGAUAAUGUAAUUACAAAUUUGACAUUUUAGUCGUAAUAAGGCAAAUAAGUUAAUCUAUUAGGGACUUUGCUCAUUUGACGAAUUCAAUAUACGACUAUGUCCAUACAUUAUACGUAAAAUAGACUUGCUUAUAAAAACAGUAAUUAAACGCUUAAUUAAAGAAAUAUUCACUUUCUGGCAAAUUAAUGUACGGCGUAAUGAAACGAGACAAUGGGUUUUAUUAAAUACGGUGCAAUUAGACUGUUAUUGACGUAUUUAUGAAUACCUUUAAAUAGUUAAAUAAAAAACUAUUUUUAACAGCUUGUAAAUUGCUAUUUACAACCUUUCAACAUGAUAGUAUUUACAUAUAUUUCUAUUAUAUAAAAUAAUGAUUUUAUAUGCAAAGUCCUAUCAAAAUGUACAUACGUUUGAAACGCCGACAUAUAUUUUUAUUUAGAUUCGAUUCUGAAUGGUCCAUAGUCCAUACCAACCAUAGUACAUGGUCCCGUCAUUGUACAUUUAGAGAGUUCAUUCGUCAUCUCUGACAUUUACACUUAAAUUUAAAUAUUAAAUCAUCUUAUUGCUCGAAACUUGAUAAAGGUAGCUUUUAGUCGACAAUAACAAUUAGUUUAAAUAAUAAAUGUAUUGUAUAAAUUGGCGCAUUAAAAUUAGUGACAAAAAAACAGUUGUAAAUAUAUCUUUAAUUAUUAGCUUUUAUGAGAUCGAUGAACAUUAGUAUGAGUGCGUCGUAAUUAAUAUUCUUAUUAAAAAAUACCAGUGAUUUGACUUAACAUGUUAUUACAAAUUAAUUAAACAAACAAAUACAUCACAUCACAUGUUUAUACAUAAGUAUGUAUUUAUACUAUAUGUAAAAUAUAGCAGGCGAAGCAAAACAGCUAUAGACACGCCAAUCUAAUCGAGGAAAAUAAAAAAUAACAUACAACAUAAGUUUUUUCAUGGCUUUUGAUUUUUUUAGAGGAAAUGAGGCUUUGUAGUCGCUUGUUUUGGCUCACAAACAAACGUAAUUCAGAAAGCUCUUAAUCAGCUUUUGAAUUAACACUUACCACAUUGGAAAGUAAUAAUAAAACAUUUUACUGUACGACAUCCCGUCACGAAUGGGACCUUUCAUCUAACAUAAAUAUUGUACAAGG